AUGUGUAACGAAACAUCUUGCCACGGGCGACAACUCGUGAGCAGAACUAGCAAAAAGUCCAAACACCGCCAGUCGCUGUACUCGGUUGAGUUCAGUCGGCCGGUGGACACGAUCCGGGGUGCCCACCCGAACGAUGCGUUUGAUGAUGAUGAUUUGAUUGGCGGUGCAGGUGCUAGGGCACCGUCCUCCCUGAGCCCGAAACCCAUGACACCGCGUCGUGUCAAACGUCGAUCGGUAAUGCAACGUGGCACGAUUGGCGGUGGAACUGGUCGUCAGAGUACCUCCAGUCGCCGGGGUCAUUCGUCUUCGUCUGGUGGAUCGGGCGCGAUCGCUUCGGGGAGUGCGGGACAUCAUCAUCACCACCAUCACCAUCACCGGAGCAGUGUGCGCAACUCGCGGCGAAAGACAAUGCACCAGAACCCGGUAACGAAGUUGCUCAAUCAGCAGCAGCAACAUCUGCAGCAGCAUCGACACCAUCAUGUGAAUGCGUUGGCUGGGCUGGAGGAUGCGGCAGGCACCAUGACGCUCACCAAAACCUUCCCACCGUUCGUCCACAACAAGAACCCGGAUUUGACCGAGUCGAACUUGAAGUCACUGAACAACGACUACAUGAUGGGUCAGUUGAACAAUUUCGGCCAACCGGUGGGUGAGGCAUCCGCCAACAAUUUGAACACGUUCGGAGCGCACCAUCACCAUCAUCAGUCGGUUCAGCCACCGUUACCACCACAUCGGCGGCAGGCUCUCGUACACACGCCGACCUUCCUGGACGGUGACACAAGCAGUCCGAUCGAUCCGAUCUACUACAACAUGAACUCAUCGUCGCCACUGCUCCAGCAACAGACGUCCUGGGGGGCUUCUUCCUCGCCACAGGCACUCGGGGGUGGUGCCGGUGGUGUCCUCGCUGGUGCUGGUACCCAUGCAGGACUGUCCAACCCAGUGUACCAACACUCGACGACGAACCUUAACCACAGCCCCGAACUGAACGAAGAGUACUACGGCACUAAUGGGCAGAAUCGUCCACCAUCGGUACGAUCGAGUUACUCCAACUUUCACGGCACGCGUCCACUAAGCUCAUAUCUCGGUGCGGCGGGUGGAACCCAACAGAUGGGUGGUGUUGCUAACCGAGGCUACAAUGUGUCUCCCCCGGGACAAGUGGGUCCCGCUGGACAGGUGGAGAACGUGUUCGCUAACCUAGCGAACGGUAACAAUCCGGUCCAGGGCCAGGUUGGCAGUGGUACGGAUCCGAUUGCCAUCCCGCAGCUACCCCACCGACGUUCCGUUUCGCGCGAGAGUUUGCGGGCGAUGCAGUUCCUGAACAGUGGUCCACCGGCUUAUAAUCUUAACUAUCACACACCACCGGACUCGGAGACGACCAUGUGA